AUGCAGAGACAACAGGAGAAUAAGAUCUCCAUGCAUAGUGUUCGUGAAGAUAUCACCAGUAUAACUUCCAUUGAUCCAGCUGUUCAGGCUGAUUUGGACGCCCAUCCUGAAGAUGAUAUGAUCUUCACUGAGAAGAUCCGGAAGAAUUGGAGAUCUCUCUUAGGCAAGGUUACUACUAAGGAAGGAUUGCUUGGUUCAUACGAUUACGGCUAUUUAUUCAUGCCUGAAGUUCCAUUUAUGUCCAAAACCCCUAAGACCCAGCCUUUCUUUGGCCUUAAUGACAAAAUGCCAGUGUUUCUAGGCAUGUUAUUGGGUCUUCAGCACUCUUUAUCUAUGCUUGCCGGUCUUUGUACUCCUCCUAUUCUUAUAUCUGGCUUUGCAAACUUGACCAUCGCUCAAGAGCAGUACUUGGUGUCUGCUUCGUUGAUUGCUUCUGGCAUUCUUUCCUCAAUCCAGAUUACUCGUUUUCAUAUCCCCAAAACCCCCUAUUUCAUAGGUACUGGUUUGGUUUCCGUUGUCGGUACCUCUUUUGCUACCAUUAGCAUUGUCACUAAAGGUAUUCCUAUGAUGUAUAAGACAGGUUAUUGUCCAGUUUCUGAUGAUGGUACACAACUCCCUUGUCCUGACGGUUAUGGUGCCGUUAUUGGUACCUCCUGUAUAUGCGGUCUUCUUGAAGUCCUUCUUUCUUUCAUGCCUCCUGCCUUACUUCAGAGAAUCUUUCCUCCUCUAGUUACAGGUCCUGUUGUAUUACUUAUUGGUGUUUCGCUUGUUGAAACUGGUUUUGAGGACUUUGCUGGUGGCUCCGGUUGUAUGACUUCUAACGACUGUGCCAAAGGCUUACCUUGGGGUUCUGCUCAAUUCAUUGGUCUUGGUUUCUUGGUCUAUGUUACCAUCAUUUUCUGUGAAAAAUGGGGUUCUCCGAUCAUGAAAUCUUGCGCUGUCAUUUGUGGUUUACUUGUUGGUUGUAUCGUUGCCGCUGCAUGUGGUUACUUUUCCGAUGAUGGCAUAAAAGCAGCUCCUGCCGCAACUUUCCUUUGGGUUCAUACCUUCAAAUUGCGUCUCUAUGGUCCUAUGGUUCUCCCGUUUUUGGCAUGUUACGUAGUAUUGAUGAUGGAGGCUAUCGGUGAUAUUACUGCCACUUCUGAUGUUUCUAGGUUGGAAAUCUCCGGUCCGCUCUACGAAACUAGAAUUCAAGGUGGUGUCUUGGCAGAUGGGUUUAACGGUAUCCUUGCAGGUUUGAUGACUCUAACUCCUAUGUCCACUUUUGCUCAGAAUAACGGCGUCAUUGCCAUUACCAAAUGUGCCGCCAGAGCUGUUGGUUACUGGUGCUGCUUCUUUUUGAUUGUCAUGGGUGUCUUUUCAAAAUUUGCUGCAGCAUUGGUUUCUAUUCCAGAUGCCGUCUUAGGUGGUAUGACCUCCUUCUUGUUCACUUCUGUGGCAGUUUCGGGUUUGAAAAUUAUCUCUUCCAUUCCAUUCACGAGAAGAGAUAGAUUCGUGCUCACAUGCUCUAUGAUGUUUGGUUUAGGCGCAACUUUGGUCGAUGAUUGGUUCGAGUAUGUUUUCACCUAUUCUGGCGAUAACAAGGCUUUGCAAGGUUUCCUUAAUGCUAUCGUCUUGGUUCUCGAGACUGGUUUUGCCGUUGCCGGUUUCAUUGGUGUUAUUUUAAACUUAUUCAUUCCUCAGGAACUAGAUGAAGAUGAUGAAGCAGAUCAAAUGAUCGAAGAAAUGGUUGUUGAUAAUUCUUCUGGUACUGAAAGAUCUUCUAAUGAGAAGAAGAAGAUAGAAGCCUAA